UUUCCUCGCCAUAAUAAGGGACCACCAUCCUCGUAAUCUUCUCUCUGUGGAAGAGUACCAAAAGCUACGGAAAGAGACAUGUGAGGAACUCAAGAUCAAGUACACACCAUGCUCCAUGGUGCCUCCAAAAUCUGUUCACAAGACUCCACAGCCAGAAGACAAGCUGACAUCUCGCAUGAAGGAGAAACUAGUGGCUUCUUACAUCAAGACUCAUGAACACAAUGAGGAGGAGGUGGACAAGAGAUGGAAGUUUGAGGAAAGGAUAAAAAGGCCUUAUUUCCAUGUGAAACCUCUAGAUAAGAAACAACUCAAGAACUGGAAUGAAUAUUUGGACUUUGAAAUUGGGAUAGGAGACCCUGUUCGAAUAAUUCCGCUCUUUGAACGUGCUCUUGUAGCCUGUGCUCUGUAUGAAGACAUGUGGUGCCGCUAUGCUUUGUACAUGGAGAAGCAUGUGCAAAACAUCAUGGAUGCAGUGCACAGUGAACAAAGCGGAAAGAAAGAGGAAGAAGUGAGUGAUGCAAGUGGUGAUAAAAAGGAAGCAGAAAAGGCAGAGGGAAGUGGUGAAAUUAGUGAGAAUUCUGCCACAGCUUCCGAGUGCAUAGCUAAGAAAAAAAAUUGUGAUGAUAAUUCUGAUAAGAAUAGUCAGGUAAAUGAUGAGAGUGUAGUUGAUGUUAAAGAUAGAGAUGAUUCAGGUAACCGGGGCUCUGUUGCCAGUGCGCAGUGUGAAAGUGCAAGGGACGACUCCUCAGUUGGGAAUAGUGACCAGUGUAACUGUGAUAAAGACGCCAAAGUGUGUGAGGUCCAUGUGCUCUCAAACUGUACCUCAGAAACGGACUCUGCCAGCCAGAACGAUCAGUCAGGCAAUGAACAGAGGAAAAAGAUGUUAGAAACAGAGCCCCAGACUUACAAACAACUCAAAGACAAACUCAGUGUUAAUAUAAGUAUGGCUGAAAGAGUGUUGAGAUGUCCCCCGCUCACCCCCGCGUGGAUAAAGGGUGGGGUGAGCUGGGAGGACGUGAGGCACACAUACCGUCGUGGUGCGUGGAUACAUUGCCCCAGUAAACCCCGCCUUCUCAUGCAAUGGGCAGAAUUUGAGGAAACACAAGGUAAUUUGGAUACAGCACGAGAGCUGCUUAGUACAGUUAUUGCCAAGCAUCCCACUCUACUGAAAGCUCGAAUGCAGCUGAUAGAACUGGAGCGCAGAGCCCAAAGCUACCAGCGCGUUGAAGAGUCGUAUGCUGAAGCGUCUCGGGUUGUCACUGAGCCUCGCCUUAGGUCUUGGCUUGCCAUUAGAUAUGCACGCUUCCUGUUCAAGAUCCUCCUGGAGGCAGACAGAGCACUGGUAGUGCUCCGCAAGGCCCUGAAGAAGGAUCGAGGCAAUGUACACCUGUACCACCAUGUAUUUGAUAUCUGCUACCAGCGCCAGCCUUUGGACUGCCAAGGGGUGCUGGCAUCAGUCAUGCUGGCCCUGGCAUCUAAGGAGCUCUCAGUCCACUCCAAGUACUGGUUUGCUUUCAAGAGGGUGGAGUUCCUGAGAGAGCAUGGAGACAUUAAGGAGCUGAAAAAGGCACAAAUGGAGAUGGAGGAACUAAAAACCUUGGUUGAUGAGGAGCUUGCUAAGAAAGCAAAGGAGGAAGAGGAGAAGAAAGAAAUGGAUGCAGUAAAAAGCGAGGGCAAGGAUACCACUGCUGGAGAAAAUGCAGCAGAUGGUGCAGAUUUCAAAAUCCGUUUUCCUAAAAUGGUAAGACUAGUACAAAUGCAAAUGAAGGCAGCUCCACUAGGGAGUGAAGUAACAACAGCAGAAGCCAAUCCUCAAGCUUUGCAAGUGCCUGAAGCGCAGCCAAACCAGCAGUUCCCAGUUCCGUACUUUGCUGCUGAUGGUGCCAUCACCUACACCCCGAUGGAGGGCUAUGGCUACGGCUACUCAGACCCCAACCAAGCUCUGCCAACAGCACAAGAAGUAGUCCAGGGUGCAGGAGGGUCAGCAGAACAGCUGGACAACCCUGCUGCUGACUGUCACAAAGUUCCUCCAUCGUGGGAAUUGAAUGUCCAAAUAGGGGGAUAUGGGUACGGCAAGUCAGACGAGAAUCGCUGGCAUCAGGAUGCAGCCUACCACCAGUAUGAUGAGCUUGUUUCCAAUGGCUACCCAGACCACCUCAAGGACAGUAAGAUGGAGGAUUUCAAGAUGCCAUUCCAGGUUAGUAUUGACCACCUGCACCGGCGUCCAGGCUUGCCUCCUCCGGGAAGGAUGCCUGACCUAAGUCAACCUCCACCAUCUGCACCGGGGAGCAUGCCUCCCUCUGGCUUGCCCCCACCUACAGAUAUGCCCCAUUCUAACCUCCUGCCACCCAUCAUGCCAGGAGUCCUGCCACCCAAGUUCACACGGCCUCCUCCACUUCCCGGCCUGGGUGGUUCUGGUAUGAUGUUGCCAGGCUAUAGACCUCCUGGUGGGCCUCUGGACAACCUCCCGCCAGGUGAGAGGCCACCGCACCCUGCAGACAGACCUUACCUUGAAGGUCCUCAGCCCUAUGGCAAGCGCAGACAUCCAGAAGAUUAUAGUUCUGAGGACGAACCACCCUAUAAGAUGUCCCACCUAGAUAUGGACAGCCACCAGUACCGGCCUGAGUAUGACAACAUCUAUACAAAUUCCCCUGGACCCUGCGCCCCACCAAGCCACCGGGCACACUUUGGCUCCUGGGACAGUGAUUAUGGCUCGUAUAGGCCGUAUGGGCGCAGGGAUGGCCUUCACAGUGAUGGUCUCCAUGGUGACCAGCUUGGAGAUCGGCAUGACCUUGCUACCCUCAGGGAUAGCCCAGAGCUCUCUCGCUUCAAUGAGGCCAAGAGAUACUCCCUACGUGAUGAGGAUAAUUACUCGCCCAUUCCACGGGAGCUUGGCCUCCAAGAAUCAGACAACAUGUGUGUGAAUGUGCCAAAGUGGCUGAUGCAGGAUGGUGGGGAGCUGUGCCUGAGUGAGACGGACCGUGGUGUGGCCCUCAUCCGCUACUGGCCCAACUUCAUGACUGAUAGUGGCCAGAUGUCCAUCUUCCGAAUCUUACGCAAGGGCCUCAAGUGGCACCAGCGACGUGCACUGAUUGAGGGCAAAUGGCAAAACCUUCCACACCUCCUCUCAUGGAUUGGCCCCUGUGACUAUUCCUACUCAGGGGUGACUCUUGAGAAGAACACCAAUUGGUUGCCAGAAAUUGUGGACUUGCUUCACAGGCUAAUUCGUUACACAGGCAAUCAGUACAACAGCUGCUUCUUGAAUCUGUACCGCAAUGGUUAUGACCAUGUAGGGUGGAUGUCAGAGAACCACCCUGCCUUGCGUGAUGAACCUUCCAUUGCCUCUGUCUCACUUGGUGUGACAAGGCUCUUUGAGAUGCAGAGGAAGGACGGCAGUGGAUUCCUUCGGUUUCCUCUCAUCCCAGGAUCGCUUUUGCUCAUGGAAGGAGCCACACAAGAAGAUUGGCAACACCAGUUCCCUAAGCAACCCAACGUGGCUUCUGAGAGAAUUAACAUCACCUUCCGCAAGAUGUACAUGAUUGAAGGGUUGACUGUGUGAAGGCUUGGGGGCAUGAAUGCACCUCAUCUUCGGUGCUACAAAUGUGAAGAAGGGAAGGAAGAAGCUGUAGUGGUGUUAGGCAGCGUCCAGUGCUUCUUUCGGAAUUUGAAGUUAAUGUCAAAAUAGAUUUCAGAGCCAUGGGAUUUCGUCCUAAGCCAUAGAGUGGAAAAAAUGUUCUUUGCGGAAACAUUUGAAAUCUGAACUAGUCAAGGCAAGUACGGCUCUCUUUUUUUUGUGAGAUUUUCCAAACAGAAAUUUAUUGGUUUGCAGAUAUUUGUUUUCAGUUUUAAGAAGUUUUCAAAAAGGAGUUUCAUUGGUUUGCACGUUCUUUGUUCUCAGCCUUUUAUUCAAUUUCACCCAAGUGCAGCAAUAAAAAAUUUAUAGAAAAUGUCAUUAGUUAAAAUUGUCUUUCGGAUACAUUUGUAUUUGAUAUUACUGUACAAAACUGUAAGCAAGCUAACCAUAAAAGUAUGUAUGAGAUGGAAAUAUUAUUUCUAUGCAUAGGAAUAUAUCAAAUAACAUGGAAUUUUAAUAGGGUACAUUUUAUAACAUUUAAGUGUAUACACUUACUAUGCAAAUAAAAUGUUAAAGAAACCA